CAGGUCUACGACAAGAGUAAGUCCAUCCCCAAGGAGUCGCCCCGGUUCGAUGAGGUGUCCACCACAGCCACGCCGCGGGAUGGCGGGGAGUUCCGGACGCCAGGACCCACCCCGCGUGUGGACGGGGUGAAGCUGUCCGCGCGGGAAGUGCCUCCUCCCGCUGUAGAGGAGGACAAGAGGGACGAGAUUAGCUACGAGGGCACCUACUUGGGUACCAUGAAGCACGGCAGGGGGCGCUUGCGAAUGCGCACCUACACCUACGAGGGCGAGUUCCAGAACGACAUGAAGCAUGGGCUGGGUGCUCUGGAGUGGGAUGAUGGCCGGCGCUACGAGGGCGGGUUUCGGAACGGCAAGUUCCACGGGGCCGCCGUGAUGCAGUGGCCAGAUGGGCGCAGAUAUGUGGGCCAGUAUGCGGAGGACCGAAAGCACGGCGACGGCACCUUCUCCUGGCAGGACGGACGCAGAUACGAGGGGCAGUGGGUGGCUGGCAAAAGACAUGGGAUCGGGACCUACACCAAUGCCAAGGGCUUCACUCGGCGGGGCACGUGGCAGCAGGAUCGGCCCAUCAAAUGGGAAGAACCCGAUCCACAGGCCUCUGGCCUCUCGCUGCAGAGCCCCACGCGCCAACCAGAGAGGUUGGAAGCUGAGGAGGAGGUCAUCGAAGUUAGCACCCUGUGAGUUGUGCGCCAACAGAGCGCUGAGACCGGGCCCCGAAGAAGAGCUUCGAGCACAAAGGCUGAAGAGCUCGC